CUUCAAGAGUUUGGAUUUUCUUCAGUUAUAAGAAAUCCACGGACAUGGACCGAUCUGAAGGAAACAUGUACACCAUCGCUUGGGCAUGGACAAUAGUCUCUGUGGUUAUUCUUGCUUAUCUCCUGCGAGAACGGGCAUGGAAAAGAAAGAACAAGACUAAGAAAUUACCUCCUGGCCCAAGAGGGUUCCCCAUCUUUGGGAACCUUCAUAUGUUAGGGGAAUAUCCUCAUCGAGAUCUAUGUCGGUUAGCCCAAAAGUACGGCCCCAUCAUGUGCUUGCGAUUGGGCUUGGUGCCUGCAAUUGUUGUCUCAUCGUCUCAAGAUGCCGAGCUGUUCCUUAAAGCGCAUGACCUUGUGUUCGCUAGCAGGCCGCCUCAUGAGGCUUCAAAGUACCUCUCUUAUGGGCAAAGGAGCCUGACCUUUGCUCCCUACGGCUCUUACUGGCGCAACAUACGCAAGAUGUGCACCAUCGAGUUGCUUAGCAACCGUAAAAUCAGUUCUUUCAAAUCCAUGAGAAAAGAAGAGCUUGGCCUACUGAUAAAGUUUAUUCAAGAGGCUGCUGCUGAUUGUGUUGCUGUUGAUCUCAGUGCCAUGGUUUCAUCUCUCAGCGCGGAUAUGAUUUGCCGUAUGGUAUUUGGGAAGAAGUACAUGGACAAAGAUCUUGAUGAGAAGGGCUUCAAAGCUGUAGUCCAGGAGGCCAUGCAUCUAGGAGCAGUUGCUAACCUAGGAGAUUACAUUCCUUGCAUCGCUCCUCUCGACCUUCAGGGGCUGACACGACGUAUGAAGGCUGUUAGUAUGAUUUUUGAUGACUUUUUUGAAAAGAUCAUCGAUGAGCAUGUCCAAUCCAAGGACGAAAACAAGACAAUGGACUUUGUAGGAGUCAUGUUGAGUUUCAUGGGAUCCGAAGAAUCUGAGUACCCUAUUGAACGGUCCAAUAUCAAAGCCAUAAUUUUGGAUAUGCUAGCUUCGCUGGACACUUCUGCCACAGCAAUUGACUGGGCACUCUCAGAACUAAUGAAGCAUCCACGGGUAAUGAAGAAACUUCAAAAGGAGUUAGAAAAUGAGGUGGGCUUGAAGAGGAUGGUAGAGGAAGCAGAUUUGGAUAGAUUGGAUUACUUGAGCAUGGUUGUAAAGGAAACCUUCAGGCUACAUCCAGUAUCACCACUUUUGCUUCCCCAUGAGGCCAGGGAAGAUUGCACAGUUAAUGGUUUCCACAUACCCGGAAAGUCUAGAGUCAUGAUAAACGUAUGGGCAAUCGGGAGAGACCCGAGUGUUUGGAGUGAUGCAGAGAAGUUCGUCCCGGAGAGGUUUGUUGGGAGUAACAUAGAUCUCAGGGGACGUGACUUCCAACUAAUCCCAUUUGGUGCUGGUAGAAGAGGCUGCCCGGGGAUGGAGUUGGCUCUAACUGUGGUUCGGCUAGUAAUAGCACAGCUUGUUCAUUGCUUUGAUUGGGACCUUCCAGAUAACAUGCAGCCAGCUGAGUUGGACAUGACUGAGGUGUUUGGUGUUACAGUUCCCAGAGCUAAGCAUCUACUUGCCAUUCCUACUUAUCGGCUUUACGAUUGACAAAUUUCCGGUUCUGUUUUGUUUCAGAUAGUUUUAUAUAUGGACCAUAUUUUCUGCUGGAUGCUGUGUCAUAAUUCAAUAAAAUCUGCUUUCUACUA